UCUUUCACUUGCAAGAACCCCUUUAAGCAAAAAUGGCUACCGAGGGCAAGGAGCACCUUUCCAUCGUCAUCUGCGGUCACGUCGACUCCGGUAAGUCGACCACCACCGGCCGUCUCAUCUUCGAGCUCGGAGGCAUCCCCGAGCGUGAGAUCGAGAAGCUCCGCGCUGAGGCCGAUGCCCUCGGCAAGUCCUCCUUCGCCUUCGCCUUCUACAUGGACAGGCAGAAGGAGGAGCGUGAGCGUGGUGUGACCAUCUCCUGCACCACCAAGGAGUUCUUCACCGACAACUGGCACUACACCAUCAUCGACGCCCCCGGUCACCGUGACUUCAUCAAGAACAUGAUUUCCGGCGCCGCCCAGGCUGACGUCGCCCUCCUCAUGGUCCCCGCCGACGGUAACUUCACCACCGCCAUCCAGAAGGGCAACCACAAGGCCGGUGAGGUCCAGGGCCAGACCCGCCAGCACGCCCGCCUCAUCAACCUUCUCGGUGUCAAGCAGCUCAUCGUUGGCAUCAACAAGAUGGACUGCGACACCGCGGGCUACAAGCAGGAGCGCUACGAGGAGAUCCGCAACGAGAUGAAGAACAUGCUCAUGAAGGUCGGCUGGAAGAAGGACUACGUCGAGAAGUGCGUCCCCGUCCUCCCCAUCUCCGGCUGGCAGGGUGACAACCUCAUCAAGAAGACCACCAACAUGGGCUGGUGGUCCGGCGUCGAUGUCAUCGACUACGAGAUGAAGGGCGACAAGCACCACAUCGACACCCUCCUCGACGUCCUCAACGGCAUGGUCACCAAGCCCCCCCGCAACGACGCCGCCGACAUGCGCCUCCCCAUCUCCGGCGUGUACAAGAUCAAGGGUGUCGGUGAUGUCCUCGCGGGCCGCGUCGAGCAGGGCGUCGUCCGCCCCGGUGAGGAGGUUGUCUUCAUCCCAACCCACACCGUCUCCAACCCCUGUGUCGGCAAGGUGUUCACCGUCGAGAUGCACCACAAGCGCGUCGACGAGGCUCACCCCGGUGACAACGUCGGCAUGAACAUCAAGGGUCUCGACAAGAUCAACAUGCCCCGCACCGGUGACGUCAUGAUCUACAAGAAGGACACCACCCUCAAGGCGUGCAAGAACUUCAACGCCCAGGUCCAGGUUCUCGACGUCCCCGGCCAGCUCAAGCCCGGCUACUCCCCCGUCGCCUUCGUGCGCUGCGGCCGCUCCGCGUGCAAGAUGACUGAGCUCAUCUUCAAGGUCGGCAAGGAGACCGGUGGCAAGAAGAUGGAGUCCCCCGUCGCCCUCAAGUCCAACGAGGUCGCCGAGGCUGUCUUCGAGCCCCAGCACCCCUUCGUCGUCGACCACUUCAAGGCUUGCGACGGUCUCGCCCGCAUUGCGUUCCUCGACGGCAACACCGCCGUCAUGCUUGGCAAGAUCACCAAGGUCCAGUUCAAGGAGGACAAGUAAAGUGUUUGACGUUUGCUGCUUAUAAUAGACGUUGUAUACUUUGAAUCUCAUGAAAGACGUAAAAAUAAUCAUCGCAACCCAUAUUUAGCCCUCAUCCAAUCACGACCGUCUUCACCGUGACGGGCGCGCACGCUUCCUUGAGCCACGCCUUCACCUUCUCAUCCGUCACCCUGGGCGACACCUUCUCCCAAACGACCGCGUGGUACUGGUUCAGCCACGCCACCUCAGCACCCGACAUGAGAGAAAAGUCAAUCAGCUUCUUUUGGAUCGGUAUGUGCGUCAGGUAGUCAAACGUGAGGUACUUCUUGUCGCCAAAGUUGUGCGAGGUCUUCGCCUCCCUCACCACGAGCAGGUUCUCGAUCCUGAUCCCGAAUCCGCCGUCCUCGUAGUAACCCGGUUCGUUCGAGAGGAUCAUCCCGGGCACGAGGCCCGUCAUGUUCCCGAACCUCGGAGAGAUGCUCUGCGGGCCCUCGUGCACGUUGAGCGCGGCGCCGACGCCGUGGCCGGUGCCGUGCCUGUAGUCCAGCCCCGCUUCCCACAGGUGCCUACGCGCGAAGGCAUCGAGGACGAACCCGCUGGUGUCCUGGGGGAAAACCGCCGUGGUGAGUCCGAUGUGGCCCUGUAAGACGCGGGUGUACGCGUUUUUCUGGUGGUCGGUGGGCGUUCCGAGGUGGUGAGUGCGGGUCACGUCGGUGGUGCCGCAGUCGUACUGGCCGCCGCUGUCGCACAGGAGGAGCGAAUUUUGUCCCACCUUUCGUGCGCUCUCCACGCUGGCGCGGUAGUGGAUGAUGGCGCCGUGUGGUCCCUCGCCGGCGAUCGUCGCGAAGGAUUCCUCGCUAAACCCCGGUUGCUCGGCGCGAAACUUGGAGACCCACUCGCCGAUCUCGUACUCGUCCCACUCCUUACCCUGCGCCGCCUGCUCGUCGAGCCAGCACCAGAAGGACGCCAUCGCGACACCGUCCCGGAGGUGCGCCUCGAGCAUGCCCGCGAGCUCCGCCUCGUUCUUCACAGCCUUGGCUAACGGGAUCGGGGAGACGCCCUCCUUGAUGGUUUUCUUCGCGUCGUCGUUUUCCGUCUUUGCCUUUUUCUCCGCGGGGCCAGCCGCCGCGGCGGCCUCCUCGGCAGCCUCCACGAGCGCCACGCUCACCUUAUCGGCGUCGAUCCAGAGCGUCUUGCCCGCGGCGGCGGCGGCGCGCAUGUCCCCGGCGCAAUCGUCGUAUGGCUUGACGACGACGCCGGCCUCGUCGAGGUGCGCCCUCACUUCGUUCGUCACCUUGCCGAGGUCGACGUAGAGGCAGGCCUCGUCCUUGCUCACGAGUCCGUAGCCCAGGGUCACGGGGUUGUAAUCGAGGUCACCGCCGCGGACGUUGAAGAGCCACGCCACCUCGUCCAGCGGGGAGACGACCAGGACGUCGCUCUUGUUCUCAUCGAGCUUGGCGCGGAUGAAGUCAACCUUAUCGGCGACUGACUUGCCGCUGAACUCCGCCUUGUGAACCCUCAGCGGCGCGGUGGGAAAGGCCGGUCGAUCCGCGUCCCACACCGUGUCCACUGGAUUGACGUCGAGGGUGACCAGGGCGCUCCCGGCGGCCUCCAGGGCGGAUCGGAGGGCUCGAGCCUCGGAGAGGGAGUGCACCGCGGGGUCGACGCCAACCUUGGAUCCCUUGGCCAUCUUGUCGGCGAGCCACUUGGAGGGCUCGGGGACGCCGGGCUGCCCCCCUCGCAUGAGCGUCC